AUGACACACAGAAUUACUGAACUCGAGUGUGCACAUUUGCAAAUGCUUAACAACUGUGGCAUGCCUGUUAGGAACGUGUACGGUAAUGAGAACAUUACGUGCAGUUCAUACCAACAAAAAAGCGAUUCAGAAAGAGAAAACAUACGAUUUACAGGAAGCAUUCUUAUUCAUAACCCCGUGGGGGCAGCUUCUACUUCCACAAGCAAUAACGAAGAAAAUAGGAUAAAUAAAGACCGGGAGAACAGUAAUGGUUCACCACGUAAGUUCAAAAAUGGCAACAACAAUUCCAAUUUUGGAAGCCACGGAAAUGGAAAGGAAGAUCAAUCCGCAGAACAAAACAGGAAGAACGGAAAUGGUCAACCAUCUUACAAUCAAAAACGUAGGUGGGAAGAUAGAGGACAUCCCGGCUACAGUAACAGUAAUAAUAACAAACGUCGAAAUGGAGGUCAAUGGCCGCAACAAAGCAGUAGUGCCAACUACCGCACUUACCCGGUGCAGUGGAUGCAAACUUCUAUGUCACCACCACCGCCUCCUAACAGUAACCAGUACCAGUGUGACAAUAGGAAUUCUAUGCAGAAUACUAAUGCAAUACCACAAACAUGGACAGACUCAAAUAGCAGCGUAAGGAUAGUAGAAAUGCCCACUGACGGAAACCACAUUAGUUCAAGACCGUCAAAUGAACAACGGCCACAAUAA